GAGAGAGAGAGAGCGAGAGCACAGAGGCAGAGGAAACAGAGCUUCAGUCUCAAACAGCAUCAGUUAUGGAAGGUGCAUAUCCUGGCGUGUUUGUUUAUAUCAUUCCUUUUUCACGGUUUCCCUUAAGAUUUUUUUUCUGCACUAUAUUUCAUGCUGUCUACAAUUGAAGUUCAGCUGGAGAACUGUAAAAGCAAGGGGAUAGUAAUGGACUUCUGAGAGAGCUGUAUGUAAACAUUUCUUUCUUUAUGAGUGAAACUACAGGACAGAAGGACGGAUUCUCCAAUUCCUGUUGUACAAAUUUCUUCUCUUCAAAGGACGGCUGAAUUCAAAUUACUCCUAAUCCUAAUUUUAUUUGUGUAGGUUUGAAAAGGAGCUUCUCGUAUAAUUUAUUUCUUAUCACAGUGUGAAAUUCUGCACCGAGAAGCAAGAGGCUUGGGAUUCAUACUCCACUGCAAAGUUUUUCCUGCUGAAGGUUUGCCUCAACAGCUAAUUAUUUCAUCAGCAUGGCUUUGCCUGAUAAUACUAGUGGCAUUUCAGAGGAGCUGGCCUUUCCAGAAAUUAUUGAACUCAAUGUAGGGGGCCAGGUAUACAUAACUCGUUACUCAACACUCACAAGUGUUCCUGACUCACUCUUAUGGGAGAUGUUCAGCCAGAAAACUGCUAAGAGUCUAGCACGUGACACCAAGGGGCGCUUUUUUAUUGACCGUGAUGGUUUUCUUUUUCGCUAUAUCCUGGACUACAUGAGAGACCAGCAACUUGUUUUGCCUGACCAUUUCCCAGAGCGAGGGAGACUACAACGCGAGGCCGAGUACUUCAAUCUUCCCGAGUUAGUCAAACUUCUGGCUCCAAAGAUCAGCAAGCAGAACUCACUGGGCGAUGAUGGAUGCCAGAGUGACCCAGAGGAAUCGUCACCCAGUGCUGAUGCUAGCCGAAACCUGGCAUCUUUGGGGACAGCAACCUGCAGCAGCCUAGCAGCCAGUGACGGCAAGCGCACUGGGUUCAUCACCAUUGGCUACCGAGGCUCCUACACUCUGGGUCGUGAUAGCCAAACCGACGCUAAAUUUCGGCGUGUGGCCCGGAUCAUGGUGUGUGGAAAGACGUCAUUGGCCAAAGAGGUUUUUGGGGAAACCCUAAAUGAAAGUCGAGACCCGGACCGGCCGCCCGAGCGGUACACCUGUCGCUACUAUCUGAAGUUCACUUUCCUUGAACAGGCAUUCGACAAGCUGGCUGAUGCUGGUUUUCACAUGGUGGCAUGCAACUCGACAGGCACAUGCGCUUUCACACAUGACCAAACUGAUGACAAGAUCUGGACCAGCUACACGGAAUACGUUUUCUACCGUGAGUGAGAACAGACCUGUGUUCCUGACCCUUCUUCUCCCAAACCUACUUGCCUCUCUUUGAGAUCAUGCUCCCUUAGAUGCAGACACUUCUAGCUAACCAUCCUUAAUCUCCAACCAGACUUGCCCUUGAUGCUUCUUGUUAUGGUUGACCAUUUCCCCUCUCUUCAAACCAACUCUGUCCCCUCAGCUAGAAACAGCUCUUUAUACUUAUGUACCCAUUUCUGGCCUUUGUGAAGUACUGUUUCAUGCUGUUGGGUGUUUGAUUUUUUGGUGUCUGUUGUUUUAAUCUGGAAAAGGCCAACUGAAAGGGCUUGGAUGGGGCCUCUCUGUAUCUCCAAGUAGCCUUGGCACCAACCUAUAACUAUAGCAUUCUUCUCAGCUGUCCAUCACAUAAGUGGACAUUCAUUGCUUUCUUGAAUGUUGCUUAUCUGUAACAUAAGUCAUUUAGUCAUUAUAAUGUUAAGCUAAAUAUUAUGGGACCAAGCCAUUAGGAUACCAGCGGGUAGACAGAAUAGGCGAAUAAACCAUAAAGCUGAGAGACACACACAUCAUUCUCAAUCUGCAGUGGGACUUCAUGUAAAGAUUUGCCACUAUGGCAUGAGAAGGUCCAGUGAUCUGUUUAGUUUCUGAAAGUACACAGCAUAAUGUGUUUAUAAAAAAGAAAUGUGUGUUAUGCUGUUGUAAUUCUAACUAGCACAAAGCGUUACAGUAGAAGGGGAAUUUGCCUUCUUGCCAAAGCACAUCAAGGGCUGAACACUGAGCAGGAGGCUUUGGAACACAGACAAAAAAGGAUUAAGGUAUUGCCCGAAACCUGCUCAGUAAAGCCUCAUGAUAUUUAUUAUUAGUGACAUGAACCAUUUUGUGUUCUGCUCUUUUGUGCUCUAAAUGGAAAUGUUAAACAAAAACGUCAUCCCCUUUUUUAUAAUUUUGUGUAUAGUUUUCAGGAUUUUUUAUUAUUAUUUUCCUACCAUAUUUAUGUAAGCUUACACCAUUAACAUUUUCUUCCUUGUAAGAAACAGAUCUGCGGAUAUAUUAGCAUAUUUUCUUUUGUAACAGCUAGCUGAGUUGAUUAUUUAGCAAUUAUUCGGGUGAUAAAACAUAUAGAUUUAUGCACUAUGAAAGUCGGGAAAGUUUAGGUUACAACAUUAGCAAUUGUAGUUACAAUGUUAGCAACACGGCAGAUUCAAAGGAGAAUAAUUGGGCGUGAAUACAAAACAACUGAGAGAAGAUAGAAAACGCAUUUUCAGGUCCACCCUCAGGAUUUGCACAGCAGUUGUUACCUCAGAUCUUUAGAAAGUAUUAUGGCACAAAUAAUGAAAUUACCAUUUUGAGUAAGCAUUUUUUUUCACUUAAUGCUUUCAUUAGCCACAUAUGUGCUAUUGCCUGACAAGAAAAUGUUUACAUUGAGCCACUCAUAUCCUUAAAUAGGAUAUCCUGUUAUCCUAUUCAUUUUCUUGUGAAGACAUUCUGUGUUGUUAGCAGCAAGUUAGCAAAAUAAAAGUGCUAAAAAGCAGCAUGAAUAAAUCAGCAAUGUCUGUAAUGUGUGGUGAAUUUAAGUAAUAAUCAGUCAUGUAUUACUUUUUGUAAUCACAGUUCUCCAUAUCUAAUGACUGUAAAAUUGUAUGAAGGAAAAAUAAACAAUUUGGUUAAUAAUUUAGGGCCAAGAUGUGAAACAAGACCAACAGGUUUGAUGAUGUUGAUGAUGUGAUCAACUUUGCCUUGAUGAUGAUGUUGCUACAGUGUCUAUGUAGUUAAUGGUGGAGAUGGAAGAAGUAUUAAACUGGAUUAUCAUGCACAUCUCUGCUGAACAUAUGCCUCCUAUUUGCAAUGUGCUCAGCACUUCUCAAGCUUUCUCCUGCUUAUCUCUCUUAUCUCUCUUCUCUUGGCUUAUCAUUUAUUUCUGUGAUGACUUCAAAAGCAAAAUGAAGGAAAGGACAAUAGCAAUGGGGCAAAGCAUAACGGGCUUCUUUGAAGCAUAUCACACAACCCUCAUAAACAAAUGAAUGAACUUUUAGAGUCUAUGAAAUUGCCAUUAUUUCAUUUGAUUUGGAGUAGAGACAGCAUGGUAGUGCAGUUCCCAAUUCACUACUCUGGGAUCCCAUCCAGAGUGUGUUUUUGGUUAGAAAGCAACUAGAAAAUUUAGUCAAGUAAGAAAUCAUACCAAAAUAAAAAUAUUGCAUAUUUCAUGUUAAUGUUUAAGCUUAAUUUUUCCACAAGGAAUACAACGAUGUCAUGUUUUCAUGGACAAUUUCAGGUAGUCCUUUAUUUAGGGUCAUUAACACAGUUUAUUGUACACAAAACAUUCUAGAUUUUUGCCUGUUAACAAAAAUAUCGGCCACUUUUCUUUCGUCAAGAAUGAAAUCUGAAACAAUAAAAUCAUUUAUCAUCAUUAUUCAUUUCAGUCAUUUCUAAACCUUUGGGCAAACAGUCAAGUGAUGCAGGAUAU